AUGUUCUCCACCUUCUCCGCCAAUCUCGAUACCCUCGAGUGCCCCACCGGCGCAACCGCUGCCCCGGCCAGGCGCAAGCGUGCUCAGGUUGCGCAAGCCUGCGACUGGUGUCGUCUCAAUCGUAUCAAAUGCGACGAAAGAAGACCUUGCCAGAAUUGUCGCGAACAUGGUGGCUAUUCCAGUGAUUUCAGGCACUCUGAAAUCAGUUCACUGCCUGCCGCGAAUCGGGACGUUACAUUAUGCGCCAAACCUCAGACACGCCAGAUUGCCGGUCUCGCACAUCCGAACGCUUCUCUGAUUGCAGCAAUCACGGAGACACCCGAUUCGUAUCGCAUGACGUGGGAUGGUCUUGAUGAUCGAGAAUCGCGAACAAGCCAGGAUAUUCACUACGGUCCGCUUGCCUCCCAACGCAUGGUGAUGCGCCUGAACCGAUUCAUGGCCGGAUCGUCAAAUCCGUUGCUUUCAGGAUCUGUCCUUCCAAUUUGUAUCCCACAGGUAAAGCGUCUUCGUCUGCGAUUCUCCGAGGUUGAGGACUUGUCUCGAGAGCAAGAAGAGCACUUUCUGGUUCUUCUCUGGCAGGCCUAUCAUUGUGUGUAUCCUAUCAUUGUGGAGGAGGAUUUCAAAGAGUACUAUGAUUCUCUCUGGACCGUAUCAAAUGGUCAAACCCAACGCCAGCCGUCCGCUCUGGUCUACAGCCUGUUGGCCGUGUGUAUUCAAUAUGGUAGUACAUUUCUGGUCAAUGAUGAGGACAUGAUGAGCGGUGCGACAGGAUCGCAAGCUACGCACUUUGAUUCUGCGGCGCAUACUUUCUACAUUCGAAGUCAACACGCUCUGAUGGAUGCACUGGAGUAUCCUUCGAUCAUGUCACUGCAGAGCCAAAUAUACUGCAUCAUCUAUGUGUACAACACUGCGAAUCUGAACUCGGCGCAUGCACUCCUCGGCCUGGCCAUCCGGAUCGCUCAAAUGCUGCACCUGCAUCUUCCGCCCCUAGGGCCUCUUCCACAAACGAACCCAGGUCUAGGUUCUCGGAUCUGGUGGACCCUGUACCAAUUAGAUAGCCACAUCUCGAUGACCCUUGGUCGUUCACGGCUGAUCAACGUGAAUGACGUCCACAGUAUGAUACCUACAGACAUCAUUGAUCGAUUGCAUGUUCCAAAGUCGGUUUCGGUAUCUCCUUCUCAAGAGGACAUAAGUUGGCUGAGCUUCCACGUACAUUUCAUCCACUUCACGGCUGUGGCGCGCAGAAUCCACGGUUCCUUCGGUGCGCACUGUACUGACUUGUUACAAGGAAAAGGCAUACAGGACAUCUACGAAAAUCCACCGAAUCUGGAAUUGCUCGGGAACCAACUGAGCCGAGAUCUACGUACAAUGUACGACUGGGUGCCGACUGUGCCAGUUUUACUCAAAAAUCAACGCAAAGGCUCAGGCCAACCCUUCUCUACGGAUCGGACACCACUCGACCUGGAUCCCGCUAGCCCCCUCUGGCUACAACGUCAACGGCUGUUGUUGGAAAUUAUAUAUCACCACGUGCAAAUUGCCAAUUUCCGCCCUUUUAUUCGCUUCCGUCCACGUGGCGCGUUCCUCACUCCACUGUCGGAUAAUCAUAGCAUAUCUGCUUUGAACCACGCUGUUGUUAUGACCCACAUCUUGAACCAGGUUCUGUCUGAAACAGAUUUAUUAUCUGGGUGGAAACCAGUCUUUCGUUAUCAAUGGGACGCCGCAAUAUGUAUUUUAUCUUUUGUGUUGGCGAACCCGGUGUGUCCCCCAACCCCGGCCGCGCGUAAAGUCUUGCCGAUGGCAAUCCAGAAUCUAGAGACGCUUGGCCAUUUCUUUGGCCCUGUCACGAACACUCUCCGGGAUAUUUGGGAGCAGUUCUGUUCCAGCCCAACUAACCUUGGUUGGACCCAAAUUACGCCUCAAAAUCAGAGUGCGUCAAAUACGGCAGUCAUUGCCCAGGCAUCAGCACCGACUUCCGCCGAUAUUACUGCUGGCAACAUCUUAGCGCCCCUUUAUGGGUCAGAUAUGUUGGACAACCACUCUCAGUCCUUCGAUCUAUUGUUGAAGUCACUAUCCAACAUGGUGUCAGAGACGGAAUUGUCCCAUCUGACCGCCAACACUUUCCCACAUGGUGAACUGCACGCAUCUUUCACUCUUCCUAGCAAUUUUAUGAUGGAUACCGAUAUCGAAUGCAUCUCCAACGGGGUGAUAUCAUUAAAUUCUUGGGAGGGAUAUGGCUCUCCAUAA